GAAACCAUUGGUUUGACAAAUAAAAAGCAAGGUGUUGAAACAUGCGAUGAUAAUGUGAUAAUAAUAAUUUAGCUAUGAUAUAACAUCGAAUUGUUUGCGCCUACAAGAGAUGUGUACACAACAACAAGCAUCAUUUCCUCACAAUCUAUACAAGGUUUGUACGUUUUAGCUUUCGUAUGGAAGAAAGAACAAGCCAUUGACGUUAUUUUUCUUCUCUAACUGUUAAACCAAUAUUGGUGGCGUUUUGGAUAUUUUUGAAUAAUUAAAAUAUAGUUUCUUGUAAAAAUAAUGUAAUUAGUUACAUUAAGAUAAGACUAAUCUAUGAAACAGAAUAUAUAUGGAAUGGAUUUUUUUUGAAACACUUAUAUAUGGAAUGGAUAUCUUUCAUUUUAUGGUAAUAAACAUUAGUAUCUUUGACCGGAAACAAAGUACACCAGUAUAAAAACGUGAAUAAGGAUAAGGUGUAACGUCUCACGAUCAAACAAAAACAAAAUAAAAUUUGUAAAGCGGACCUUUUGAGGUAUUAUCAAUGGCGAAGAAAGCAGUAUUAAUUGGAAUCAACUAUCCUGGAACUAAGGCGGAGUUACGAGGCUGUGUCAACGAUGCUCGGAGGAUGCACAAAUGCCUAGUCGAUAGGUUCGGUUUCUUGGAGAGAAACAUCACCGAGCUGAUCGAUACUGACGACUCUUAUACCAAACCAACUGGUAAGAACAUCCGACGGGCGUUGUUGAAUCUAGUUGAGACAGCUAGAUCAGGCGAUGUUCUAGUUGUUCAUUACAGUGGACAUGGGACGAGGUUGCCGGCGGAGACAGGGGAAGAUGAUGAUACUGGUUAUGAUGAGUGUAUUGUUCCAUGUGAUAUGAAUCUUAUCACCGAUGAUGAAUUUAGGGAACUUGUGGAUAAAGUUCCAAAAGAUGCACGCAUUACAAUCAUCUCAGACUCUUGUCAUAGUGGUGGUCUCAUAGAUGAAGCUAAGGAGCAGAUAGGAGAGAGCACGAAGAAGAAGAAGAAACCAAAGAAAGAAGCUAAAGGCUCUUCAAGACUUGGAAUCAAAGACUUCGUGCUUGAAACUGUGGAAGAAGAAGACGAAGAAACCAAUAUUGAAGAAAAUAUUGAGCUAGAAAAUGGGGACAAAAUCCAUGUGGGAAACAAAUCUCUACCUCUACAAACUCUUAUCGAUAUCCUCAAGCUCGACACGGGCAACGAUGAUAUCGAAGUUGGUAAAAUCAGACCAACACUAUUCAAUGUGUUUGGAGAAGAUGCAUCUUCAAAGGUGAAGAAGUUCAUGAAAGUGCUUCUAACAAAGCUGCAAGAAGGCGAAAAUGAUCAUGGUGGUCUAAUGGGAAUGAUUGGGAAACUAACGCAAGAGUUUAUUGAACACAAGCUCAACGACAAUGAAGAGUAUGUUGGGAGAAAGCAAGAGGUCUAUGCAGGUGCAAGCAAAGGUUCUAUGGCUGAUAACGGUAUUUUGAUUAGUGGUUGUCAAACUGAUCAAACUUCAGCAGACGCGAGUCCUUUAGGUCAACCUGAACUGGCUUAUGGAGCAUUCACCAAUGCUGUUCAGAUCAUACUCGAGGAGAGCAAUGGUAAGAUUACAUAUAAAGAACUUGUUAUGAAGGCAAGAAAGCUUCUUAAGAAACAGGGCUUUACUCAGCGACCGGGCCUGUAUUGUAGCGACGGUUACGUGAAUGCUCCGUUUAUUUGUUGAUUGUAACAUUCUCAUAAAGUAUUUGAAGUUCCGUGUUGGAUAAGUUAUGUGAUGUCUGUAUUUUGUUGUUUUGUUGUUGUAACUUUGAAUGGAUUGUCAACUGUUACUUUGUCACUUUCUCUUUAGUUAUAACUUUUUUUUUUAUAUAUUUAAAAUGUUUAUACAGUAUACACCCAAUUUCCAAAGCAACUGUUCGUUGGUCAUUGGCUAUGGAUUUAAUGAUUUAUCAUACCUUUUUUAGUUGUUGACUUGUUGACCUAUUAGUAAUACUUCCGAUUGUAAUAAAUAUUUUAUCAACCUUCGGUUUAAAAUCUACGUACUAAGCAAUUAUUACCGACUUAUUACGGUCAAUUUGUAACAUUGUAAAGCAAAUUGAUAACGAGAUCAAUUUCAUGGCAUUGAUGUGCUUGAUAAAAGAAAAUACGAAGAUAAACCAAAAAAGCGUAAAACAAUAAGGUUUAUGGAGUAUAAAACUAAAGUUAAGAUUAU